AUGUGUCUCGGAAGUGUCAUGUUACAACAUACAAUGUUCAACAAACCGGUUCCAAGAUCGAAAGAUGAAGUUUUAACACAUGCGAGAAAUUUCAUAGAACAAUAUUAUAGUUCUAUGAGAAGACUUAAUAGUAAAUCGCAUAAAAAUCGAUGGGAUCAAGUAGAAAAAUCAAUUAAGGAAACUGGAACAUAUCAAUUAACGGAAACCGAACUCACGUUUGGAGCUAAAUUGGCAUGGAGAAAUGCUCCGAGAUGUAUCGGUAGAAUACAAUGGUCUAAAUUACAGGUUUUCGAUUGCAGACAAGUAACGACAACAACGGGAAUGUUCGAAGCCAUUUGUAAUCAUCUUAAAUAUGGUAUCAAUAAGGGUAACAUAAGGUCAGCCAUAACAAUUUUCCCACAAAGAACUGAUGGAAAACACGAUUUUAAAAUUUGGAACACUCAAUUAAUAUCAUAUGCUGGAUAUAAAAAUCCAGAUGGUACAAUUACCGGUGAUCCACUUCAUGUCGAAUUUACCGAGUUGUGUAUGAAACUCGGUUGGAAAGGAAAAGGUACAAAUUUUGAUUUGUUACCAUUAGUUUUACAAUCGAAUGGUCACGAUCCAGAUUAUUUCGAUUAUCCGCCUGGUUUAGUCAUGGAAGUUGAUUUAGUUCAUCCUCAGUAUGAAUGGUUUGAAGAAUUAGGAUUAAAAUGGUACGUUCUUCCAGCUGUGGCUUCGAUGAUGUUAGAUUGCGGUGGUUUAGAAUUUACCUGUGCACCUUUUAACGGUUGGUAUAUGGGUACCGAAAUUGGAUGUAGAGAUUUAUGCGAUCCCAAAAGGUAUAACAUUUGUGAAAAAGUUGCUAAAAAAAUGGGUUUAGAUACAAGAACGAAUUCGACUCUAUGGAAAGAUAAAGCAAUGGUAGAAGUAAACCUUGCUGUCGUUUAUAGUUUUCAGAAGAUGAAUGUUACCGUUGUUGAUCAUCACACUGCUGCCGAAUCAUUUAUGAAACAUUAUGAAAAUGAGCAAAAAUUAAGAAAUGGCUGCCCAUCCGAUUGGAUAUGGAUCGUUCCUCCUCUUUCGUCAUCAAUAACUCCCGUUUUUCAUCAGGAACUUGCUUUGUAUCAUUUGAAACCUUCUUACGAUUAUCAAGAGCCUGCGUGGAAAACUCACGUUUGGGAAAAAGAUCGUGAUAUUGGAAAAGUAUCUAGAAAACCUAGGCGAAAAUUUCAUUUUAAACAAUUGGCCAGAGCCGUUAAAUUUACUUCUCGUCUUUUUGGAAAAGCUUUAUCUAAAAGAAUAAAAGCCACCAUUUUGUAUGCAACCGAAACUGGAAAAUCUGAAACUUUUGCUAAAAGAUUAUUCGAAUUAUUCGGUCACGCAUUUAACGCACAAGUCCACAGAAUGGACGCUUACGAUAUAAGUAAUUUAGAACACGAAGCUCUCGUAUUAGUAGUUACGUCUACUGCUGGAAAUGGUGAUCCACCAGAAAACGGAUUGGAAUUCGCUCAGAAUUUAUAUAAAAUGAAAAUGGACGGAUUGGGAAUUGAAAGUAACGAUGAUGAUGAUGACGAUGAAAAAUUUAGUUUGGCAAGUUCAAAAAGUUUUAUAAAACUAAACAGUCAAGUAGAACCUAAUCCUCCACAAUUGGAUAGAUUAGAUUCAAUGAAAGGAUCAAUGUCGGAUGUUAUGGCGGAAGAUACUUUUGGUCCUUUGGGUAAUGUUAGAUUUGCAGUUUUUGCUCUCGGUUCUAGCGCUUAUCCUAAUUUUUGUGCUUUUGGAAAAUAUGUCGACAAUCUGCUCAUAGAAUUAGGAGGUGAAAGACUUAUGAAAUUAACAACAGGUGAUGAAAUGUGUGCCCAAGAGCAAAUAUUUUCUAAAUGGGCAAGAGAUGUUUUUAACGUAUCUUGUGAAACUUUUUGCCUUGAAGGAGAUUCAUUGGUUGAAAAUGCUGGAGUUUUUUCAUCUGUUUCCCUUAAGGAUAGUACCGUACGUUUUGUCGAUUCUCCAAAGGAUGCACUACAAACUGCCUUAGCUAAUUGUUCCAACAGAAAAGUUAUAACUUGUCAAAUAAUAAGAAGAGAAAAUUUACACCAAGGGGGUGAAAAUGGAACGACAUUAAAAAUAGAUUUCAAAACGCCAAACAUUAAUUAUGAACCGGGUGAUCAUGUUGGAGUUUUCCCAUGCAAUAAACCGGAAAUUGUUAAUGGAAUAUUGAAUCAUUUAUCUGUAUCAGAUGUUAAUAAAUCGGUCCAAUUGCAGCUUCUCAAAGAAAAUCACACACCGAACGGUGUUUUUGAAAAUUGGGAAUCCCAUGACAGAUUACCAGCAUGUUCCUUAAAAACAUUAUUUACAAGGUUUUUGGAUAUAACCACACCACCAUCACCAAACCUUUUACAAUAUUUGGCUUCCGUUGCUAAAAAUGAAACGGAAAAACAAAAACUACAAAAAUUGGCAACCGAUUUAUCUGCUUAUGAAGAUUGGAGGCAUACAAAAUAUCCACAUCUUUUGGAAGUUUUCGAAGAAUUUCCAUCGACUAAACCCAAACCGGCUCUACUUGUUGCCCAUUUGAGUCCAUUACAACCGAGAUUUUAUUCAAUUUCUUCCUCGCCAUUAGCACAUCCUAAAGAAAUACAUUUGACAGUUGCUGUUGUUACUUAUCGUACACAACAGGGUUCGGGACCUUAUCAUUAUGGAGUUUGUUCUAAUUAUUUAAAUGAUAUUAAAUUGGGUGAAGAUGUUUAUGUAUUUAUAAGAAGUGCACCUGGAUUUCAUUUACCGAGUAAUUUUGAAAAACCGUUAAUAUUAGUUGGACCGGGUACUGGUAUUGCACCUUUCAGAGGAUUUUGGCAUCAUAGACAUGAACAACUAAAGGCUUUGAGAGAAGCUACAAACCUCGAAGGAAUUUGGUUAUUUUUCGGAUGUAGAACGAGAACUUUAGAUUUAUAUAAAGAUGAAAAAGAAGAGAUGACUAAAAAAGAAAUUAUAAGUAAAAAAUUUUUAGCUUUAUCAAGAGAAUCUGAUAUUCCAAAGACGUACGUUCAAAAUCUCAUGAGAAAAGAAAAGGGAGAAAUAUAUCGAAAAAUAGUCGAAGAAAAGGGUCAUUUUUACGUAUGCGGUGAUUGUACUAUGGCAGAUAACGUUUAUCAAGAAUUGAAACAAAUAAUUCAAGAACUUGGAAAAAAAACAAAACAAGAAGUUGAAAGUUACAUGCUAUCAAUGAGAGAUGAAAACCGAUAUCAUGAAGACAUUUUUGGUAUUACUUUGAGAACUGCAGAAGUUCAAAGUAGAUCAAGGGAAUCAGCAAGAAUGAGAAUGGAAUCGAGUUCUUCAUAA